CCAUGGAAAAGGCGGCGUGGAGCGGGCCGAGGAUGACCAAGAAGUUCUUGAAGGAUCACUGCAGGAAGAACAAGCUGUACUGCACGCCCGCCCUGAACGACACGCUCUACCUGCACUUCAAGGGCUUCUCCUGCAUCGAGAACCUGGACGAGUACACCGGACUCCGGUGUCUGUGGCUGGAGAGCAACGGCCUGCAGCGCAUCGAGAACCUGGAGGCGCAGACCAACCUGCGCUGCCUGUUCCUGCAGCAGAACCUGAUCCACAAGCUGGAGAACCUGUCGUGUCUGCAGCAGCUGUGCUCCCUGAACGUGUCCCACAACCACAUCCACGCCAUCGAGAACCUGGCCUGCCUGCCGCAGCUCAGCACCCUACAGAUCGCGCACAACCGCCUGGAGCGCGUGGAGGACGUCCAGCACCUGCGCCAGUGCGCCGCCAUCACCGUGCUGGACCUGGCCCACAACCUCCUGCACCAGCCCGACGUGCUGCUGGUCCUCAGGGACAUGCCCGAGCUGCGCGUCCUCAACCUGACGGGCAACAAGGUGGUGGGCCGGAUCCCGGACUACCGGAAGACCCUGAUCGUGCACCUGCGGCAGCUCACCUUCCUGGACGACCGGCCCGUCUUCCCCAGGGACCGCGCCUGCGCAGAGGCCUGGGCGCUGGGCGGCCUCCUCCAGGAGCACCGCGAGAUGCAACGCUGGGACAACCGGGACCGCAAGAAGAUCCGGGACAGUCUCGACGCGCUGGCACUGAUUAGAACCAAGGCGCAGAAGAAACGGCGCCUGAUGGAGGAAGUCAAUAAAGAGGGGCUCGAGUCACAAUGGUCUUGUGAGGAACCACCUGCUGGACACAUCCAGAGCUUUGUGCAGGACUCCUUGGAUGCCCAGGAAGAGUUUCUCCAAAAGAAAACCACCCAGCAGGCCAGUAAACACGAUGGAAAGUCUGAAGCAAAGCAGCUGAAAGACAAGUUUGAGGUCGGAGACGAGAUGUCUGAAGAAGAUGAGCAGGCUGAUGGUGAGGAGGAUCAGGUUCCUGUCCAUGAAGCAGAAAGAGAACUUGUAAACCAUGAAAGUAAGCAUGUAGUUCCACCAACUCCAAGCAUCCAGAGCUUUCUGCAGGACACAUUGAAUGCCCACAGAGACUUCCUCCAAAGUCAAACCACAAAGCAGUCCCAAGAAAACAGAGUAGACCCUGAGGAGAACCUUGUUGUCUGUGAUGGAACCAGAAACCCUGUGAGUCAGGUGAAUGAGGACCAAGAGAACCACUUUCCUGCUGUGAAGAUGGACUCUCCCAAGGAACCACAAAGUCCAAGUCUAGCAGGGACUGGACUGGAGCGUGCAAGGCAGCUGCAUGUUGACAGUCUUCCUGUUGUGAAAGCACCUACUCAAAAUUUAGGGCUGGACACUUUGGACUUCCACGAGGAGUUUCUCCAAAGACAAACCAUAAAGCAGUCCCAAGAAAACCGAGUAGACCCGCUUGAUGAAGAAUUGGUGUUUGAGAAACACAACAAACAGGCAAAUUGUGAGGAGAAUUUUGUUGUCUGUGAUGGAACCAGAGAACCUGUGAGUCACGUGAAUGAGGACCAAGAAAAUCAGUUUCCUGCUGUGAGGAUGGACUCUCCCAAGGAACCACAACAAAAUCCAAGUCUGGCAGGGACUGGACUGGAGCGUGCAAAGCAGCUGCCUGUUGACAAUCUUCCUGUUGUGGAAGCACCUACUCAAAAGUUAGGGCUGGACACUUUGGACUUUCAUGAGGAGUUUCUCCAAAUUCAAACAAAGAAGUCCAAAGAAAACCUGGAAAAGGACAACAUCUUUGAAACAGACCUGCUUGAUGAGGAGUUGGAUGCCAAAAAUAUAUCUAAAGAUGAACAGGCUCAGCAGACAGAUGGUAAGAAAGAUCAGCCUCUCAUUGAUGAACCAGGAAGCGAACUUCCAACAGUUUCAAACCAUGAGAGCGAGCAACAGAAGUACCUGCUAACUUCUGUCAAAGGAAACCAUCACGGAGAUCUUAAAGUUCCCGUUUCAGUGAGGUCCAGCCCCGAAGGGGUAAAGCCACCUCAUAUGGAUGGGUCACCUGCUGAGGACAUCCAGAGCUUUGUGCAGGAGAACCAUGAGAAGUUUCCCCAGAGUCAAGCACCACAGCCACCUGAUGAAAACAGAAAAGACUCCAAAUCAGAGCAGUUUGAUGAAAGCGUAGAAGCAGAGAUUACAUAUGAGAUGUCUGAAAAACCAAAAGAACAUGCUCAGCAGGCAGAUGGAGAGAAGGUUCAAGUUUGUAGUGAUAAAGCAGAAGGAGGCCCUCAAAUAAUUGUAAGCUAUGAACGCGGAGACCAAGAGGACCAGCUGUCUGUGGAGUUAGAAAAUCCCAAGGACUCCAAUGGUCCUAGUCUUCUGGAGACUUGUUUAGAGGAUGCACACUCAAUACCUGUUCUUGAAAAUGAAGAACCACCUACUGAAAUCAGCCAUAGCUUUGUGAAGGACAUACGGGACGCACAUGAAGAGUCAAAACACACAACCCAGCAACCCAGCAACCAAAACUAUAAAUCAGAGCAACUUGUUGAAGGUUUGGAGGCCAAGGUAGAAGAUGAGAUGUCUGAGGAAGAUGAGCAAGCUCAUCCAGCUGAUGGUGAGGACCAUCAGAUUAUUUGGGAUAAGACCAAAAGAGAACCUACAAGUGUGAGUCAUGUGAAAGAGGAGCGGGAUAAUGAGCGACAUCCGAUAGAGGUAGUUUCUCUCCAACCACUAGGUCCUGAUUUACUUGAAACAAGACUCUGGGACAUAGAACUGAUGCAUAUUGAUCUUCACGUUCUUGAGGAUGUGGAACCAACUGCUCAGAACAUCUGGAGCUGUGUGCUGGACACAUCCGAGGCCCAGGUGGAAUUUUUCCAUAGCCAAACAUUGCAAUCUGAUGAGAUCCAGGAAAACAGUAUUGGGGGAAACAUAUGUGCAGAACAAGAUGGUCCAACUCAGCUUGUGGAUGGAGAGGAUGAUCAGGUUCCUGGUGAUGAUGCAGGAAGAUCUACAACCUUUGUAUGCUACAAGAGUGUGGCACAGGAGGAACAGUCUGAUUUGGUCUGGGUAGUGUCACAAAGUUCUUGUCCACCGAAGACUGGGCAGCAGGAUGCGGAGCUGCCGCGGAUGAAUAAUGUUCCUGGUCUUCAGGAUGUUGAUGUAUUUGCUGGAAACAUCCAGACCUUGGUGCAGGAUACACUGGAUCAGCAUGAGGAGUUCCUUAAGGAUCAAGCAACACAGCAAACCCAAAAAAACCAGAUGACUGACCAAGAGUCCAAGUCACAGCCUAACAAAGAGUUGAAGGCCACAAUGGAAGAGAAGAUGUCUGAAGGAGAGGAUGACCACACUCAGCAGUUGGAUGGAGAGCAGAAUGGGGUUGUUCGAGAUAAAUCAGGGAGAGAACUUCCUUCUGUGAAGGUAAAUUAUUCUGACAAAUCACAAGGCUCCAGUCCAAUGGAGAUUCGGCUACAGGAUGCAGCACAGGCACACAUGGAUGAUCUACCUGAUUUUCAGGAUGCUGAGAACAUCCAUGGGUUUGUACAGGGCACACUGGAGAGCCUUCAAAGUCAAACCCAGCCAUCCAAUGAAAAACUGGAAGAACAGUCCAAAUCAGAGCAGCUUGACACAAUGUUGGACGUCGAGAUCCAAGAUACGAUGUCUGAAGAUUUUGAACAGGCUCGGCAGCUGGAUGAUGAAGAGCAUCACUUUCUCGGCAAUCAAAGCAGAGAACCCAACAUUGUGCAUCUUUCAAAUGAGCAGCCUGCCUCUGACAAUGUCCAUGUUCCUGAAAAGGCACAUGGUCCAGGUCUACUGGAGACUGAACUGCAGGAUGCAGACUCACCUGAUGAGAACAGCCAUAGCUUCCUCCAGGACACACUGGAGAGCCUCCAGAGUCAAACACAGCCAUCCAAUGAAAAAUUGGAAGAAGACUCCAAAUCAGAGCAGCUUGACAAAGUCUUGGACGUCCAGAUCCAAGGUAAGAUCUUUGAGGAAGACCAAGAACAGGCUCAGCGGGUUCUUGGAGAGGAUCGGCUUCUUUGCAAUGAAGUUGAAAGAGAAUUUCCAACAAAUGACCAGGAUAUUUUUGAAAAGGUAGAUGCUCUAGAAGAACCACAGAGUCCUGGUCCACCAGAGUCUAGACUGCAGUAUGCAGAACUGCUUUACAUGGAUGAUCUGCCUGAUCUUCAGGAUGUUGAAGUAUUUGCUGGAAACAUCCAGACCUUGGUGCAGAGUCCUGGUCCACCAGAGUCUAGACUGCAGUAUGCAAAACUGCUUUACAUGGAUGAUCUGCCUGAUCUUCAGGAUGUUGAAGUAUUUGCUGGAAACAUCCAGACCUUGGUGCAGGACACAUUGGAGCAACAUGAGGAGUUCCUUAAGGAUCAAGCAACACAGCAGACCCAAGAAAACCAGAUGAAUGACCAAGAGUCCAAGUCACAGCUUAACAAAGAGUUGAAGGCCCCAAUGGAAGAGAAGAUGUCUGAAGGAGAGGAUGACCACACUCAGCAGUCGGAUGGAGAGCAGAAUCGGGUUGUUCGAGAUACAUCAGGGAGAGAACUUCCUACUGUGAACGUCAAUUCUUCUGACAAACCACAUGGCUUCAGUCCAAUGGAGACUCAGCUACAGGAUGCAGCACAGGCACACAUGAAUGAUCUACCUGAUCUUCAGGAUGCUGAGAACAUCCAUGGGUUUGUACAGGGCACAUUGGAGAGCCUUCAAAGUCGAACCCAGCCAUCCAAUGAAAAACUGGAAGAAAAGUCCAAAUCAGAGCAGCUUGACACAAUAUUGGACGUCAAGAUCCAAGAUAAGAUUUCUGAAGAUAUUGAACAGACUCGGCAGCUGGAUGAUGAAGAGCAUCACUUUCUCGGCAAUCAAAGCAGAGAACCCAACAUUGUGCAUCUUUCAAAUGAGCAGCCUGCCUCUGACAAUGUCCAUGUUCCUGAAAAGGCACAUGGUCCAGGUCUACUGGAGACUGAACUGCAGGAUGCAGACCCACCUGAUGAGAACAUCAAUAGCUUUGUCCAGGACACACUGGAGAGCCUCCAGAGUCAAACACAGUCAUCCGAUGAAAAACUGGAAGAAGACUCCAAAUCAGAGCAGCUUGACAAAGUCUUGGACGUCCAGAUCCAAGGUAAGAUCUUUGAGCAAGAUCAAGAACAGGCUCAGCGGGUUCUUGGAGAGGAGGAUCGGCUUCUUAGCAAUGAAGUUGAAAGAGAAUUUUCAACAAAUGAUCACCAGCUUCUUUUUGAGAAGGUAGAUGCUCCAGAAGAACCACAGAGUCCUGGUCCACCAGAGUCUAGACUGCAGUAUGCAGAACUGCUUUACAUGGAUGAUCUGCCUGAUCUUCAGGAUGUUGACUCUCCAAAUGAAACAUUCUAUCAGCAGAUUUUUCAAGCAAAGAUAAAAGUCCUGUCGGGCGAUGGAUCAGCCAUCUUAUCAAGUCCAGAAAAGAAGUCCUUGUUCUUCACAAGUUCUGGCUUUGAGUCUAGUCAACCUUCUCACGACUCAUCGCUGAUCUAUCCAGAAGAUCUGCAGCAUCGCCUGGAGCCCCCGACUUUGGAGCUCCAAGAAACGUGUGGGACAAUCCAAAAGUCUUCUGCACCACGCUGCCUGAUCGUGGAGCUGGAAUGAUCAGCGUGCUUCGU